AUGGAAAUAGGGAAGCUGCAGUUUUUGCUUACCUUGGACAUAAGAAGGACUAAGAUAGAAGUAUUGCCAUCGAGUGUUUUUCAGCUAAGACGUCUAAUGUGCCUGUAUGUUGAUUAUGGUAUGAAGCUGCCAUCUGGGAUAGGUAACCUGACAUCCCUAGAAGUGCUAUAUAACCUGAGGUUAUCUGACGUGGACCUUGAUUUUGUGAAAGAAUUGGGCCGUCUGACCAAGCUCAGGGUGCUCCGGCUUGACCGCGAUGAUUUUGAUGAGAGCGUGGGUAAAGCUUUGGAGGAAUCCAUUAGUAAUAUGUACAAACUGGACAGUCUAGAUGUAUUUGUCAAUCGUGGACUCAUCAAUUGCUUGAGCGAACAUUGGGUGCCUCCUCCACGACUCUGUAGAUUGGCUUUCCCGUCAACGGGAAGUUGGUUCGAAACAUUGCCGUCAUGGAUAAAUCAUUCAUCGCUUCCUCUCCUCUCCUAUCUGGAUAUAAAGUUGUUUGAAGUGCGAUCGGAGGUCAUCCAACUUCUUGGGACUCUGCCUGCUCUUGUUUAUCUUGAGAUAUGGAAUUAUUCUAUUAUGUCCGAAGAAGCGCAUGAGGUGGAAGUGCCCGUUCUUUCCUCUGGAGCAUUAUUCCCAUGUGCGACAGAGUGUCGCUUCAUUGGUAUUGGUGCCGUGCCGUCUAUGUUUCCACAAGGAGCAGCGCCAAGGCUUAAACGCCUUGAUUUCGUCUUACCAGCCAAGUGGAUCUCCGGUGAAAACUUUGAUUUGGGCAUGCGGCAUCUCCCUUCCCUCCAGCGAGUCAAGGUUCAUUUUAUCGAGGGGGGAGCUAGCGAGCGGGAGGUGGAUGAAGCAGAGGCUGCGCUGAGGGCCGCAGCGGAGGACCACCCCAACCAUCCCGCUCUUAACCUCUGGUGA